CUGGUUGCCAUGGCUACGGCGCGGAUUGAGGGCGGAGUCGUUGAAGUUUAUGAGACCACGGCGUAGGGACUUUGUCGCUUCAUUUCUCUUUGUGCUGCCCAAAACACUGAUCACGUACAAGACUACUGAUACAAACUAGUCAUGCCUGUAGAGGGUGGAUUGAAGUUGGUCAAGUACCUCGUUUUUUUCUUCAACUUUAUUUUCUGGUUGUGUGGCAUUGCCCUGAUCGUGGUUGGUGUCCUGGUGCAGGUCUCUCUACACAACACUCUUAAUAUUAAAGAUGCCUCAGCCUCUGGAGCUCCUAUCCUCCUCAUCUCUCUUGGAGUCAUCGUCUUUCUCAUCGCCUUCUUCGGCUGCUGUGGUGCCUGGAAGGAGAACUUCUGCAUGAUUACCAUGUUUUCCAUCCUCAUGAGUCUGAUCAUCAUCGCAGAAAUCGCAGCUGCUAUCGUUGGAUACAUUUACAGAGGCAAAGUGACAGAUGUGGUCAAGGACAGCCUUGCUGACAUGAUCUCAAACUACAACACAAGCAGUCCCGAGUUCAGAGAUGCAGUGGACAAACUUCAACAAGACUUGAAGUGCUGUGGUGUGAACAGCUCGGCCGACUGGAGAAGUUACACUCAGGAGGGAGACACUGUGCCAGACUCGUGCUGCAUCUCCAAGAGUCAGGGCUGCGGACAGGGAACCAUGAGCGAUGCCUCCAAAGUCUUUCAAAGGGGCUGUCAGCAAGCUGUGGAGGCCGUACUCAAGGCCAAUGUCAAGUGGAUCAUAGUUGCAGCUUUGGUCAUUGCGGUCUUGCAAAUUUUGGGUGUGGUGUUUGCCUGCCUGCUGAUGAGAGGCAUUCGGAGUGGCUAUGAAGUCAUGUGAUUUUAGUAGUGUACUGUUGUCCUAACUCAACGUUUAAAUUCUAGUUUCGUAAAAGAUCAUUUCAAUGUUCAAAUCUCACCGUCACUUUGCACAAAACAUUUUCUUUUGCAUUACCAAUAUUGUUACAAAAAUGCUUCUAAUUGGUCCUUUGAGAAGUUUCAAGUUCAAAGUAUUUCAAGUUCUGUAUAUUUGUGUAGGAGGAAAGAUUCUUUUAUGUUAGACACUUUAUAAGGUUAUUGGGUUGUGGUGGUUGCUUUACUAUUUUAUUAAAAAUUGUUAAAGGAAAAAAA